GGGGAAAAAAAAAAAAAAAGAACCACUCCGUUUAUCCUCUCUCUGAGCUAAGAGACCAGAGCUGCACAUAGACGGGAGCUUAAAAACAGUGACGUCUACUAGAAUCUCCCUUUAGUUGUUGAAUUCUGUAAUGUUAUAGAUUAGCUCUCAGCUUAGUCUUCAAAACUUGUAUUAAACCAAUGGCUAUCGGCAGUUUCAUUUCUAGCCGGGAUUUCGGUUCUUUUAUCGGUUCAGGGAAAAUAUGUGAAAAGGAUCAAACUAUUUCACAUCUCAGGAGAGAACGAGCAGGCGUUGCUGUGGCCCGGAAUGUACAAGGAAGCAUGUUCUACCAAAAGUUGCGUAGUCAAAUGGCCAAUGGCUUAAUAUCUGGAUACACACAUUGUCACCUCUGGAAGGGACAUCCUUUGUCCAUAAGAUGUAAUGAAAAGUUUCACAGAAUUUAUCUUCGACAAAGAUGUAGUGUAAGAUGUGAAUGUCAUCUUUCCUCAGAACAUUCACUUGGUAGUUGGCUUCAACCAAGAGCAGUAGAUAGGAUUGAAACUGGCCAUUGGAAAUCCUUGCAAUCCAAGCAUGCUAAGGUGAACAGAAUUCGUGCUUUCUACAAAUCUGAGGAGUAUGACAAAACAGAAGCAAAGGUGGACUCUUUGACAUCAGCAGAAGUGCAAGGCGUUCUACUGGAAGGAAAUGUGCAUGAAACAUCUUCUUGGUUGGAACAAUUUCCUAAACGCUGGGUGAUUGUACUGCUCUGUUUUAUGGCAUUUCUAUUGUGCAACAUGGAUCGUGUGAACAUGAGCAUUGCAAUACUUCCCAUGUCACAAGAAUUCAACUGGAACAGUGCAACAGUGGGUUUAAUUCAGUCCUCCUUUUUCUGGGGCUAUCUACUCACUCAGAUUGUUGGAGGCAUAUGGGCAGAUAAAAUUGGUGGCAAGCUAGUAUUGGGUUUUGGAGUGGUCUGGUGGUCAAUAGCAACUGUUUUGACACCUAUUGCUGCAAAAAUCGGACUUCCUUUUUUGCUUAUCAUGCGUGCUUUUAUGGGGAUUGGAGAGGGUGUUGCUAUGCCUGCAAUGAAUAACAUAUUAUCUAGGUGGAUUCCAGUGUCGGAGAGAAGCAGAUCGCUUGCCCUAGUGUAUAGCGGAAUGUAUCUUGGUUCUGUUACUGGGUUGGCCAUCUCUCCUAUUCUAAUCCACAAAUUUGGGUGGCCGUCUGUCUUCUAUUCAUUUGGCUCCCUGGGAAGCAUCUGGUUUGCAUUGUGGCUGAAAAAAGCGUACAGCUCUCCUAAAGAAGACCCAGAACUUAGAGCUGAAGAAAAGAAAUUUAUAUUGGGUGGCAACGUGUCAAAGGAACCUGUUUCAGUGAUUCCCUGGAAAUUAAUAUUAUCAAAAGCACCUGUCUGGGCUCUCAUAAUUUCUCACUUCUGCCACAAUUGGGGCACGUUUAUACUGUUGACAUGGAUGCCUACAUACUAUAAUCAGGUCUUGAAGUUCAACCUCACUGAAUCCGGACUCCUCUGUGUCUUGCCCUGGUUGACAAUGGCAGCUUUUGCAAAUCUUGGAGGCUGGAUUGCGGACACACUUGUGAGCAAAGGUUUUUCCAUAACUGCAGUUCGUAAGAUCAUGCAAUCAAUUGGGUUUCUGGGCCCAGCUUUCUUUCUCACACAGCUGAGCAAAGUCAGGACUCCUGCAAUGGCAGUGCUAUGCAUGGCAUGCAGUCAGGGCUCAGAUGCAUUCUCACAAUCUGGUCUUUAUUCCAAUCACCAAGACAUUGGGCCACGCUAUGCUGGAGUUCUGUUAGGGCUAUCAAACACAGCAGGAGUGCUAGCGGGUGUUUUUGGUACCGCUGCAACUGGUUACAUACUCCAAAGAGGUACUUGGGAUGACGUAUUCAAGGUAGCUGUUGCAUUAUACCUCAUCGGCACAUUAGUUUGGAACUUAUUUGCAACUGGAGAGAAAAUUCUGGAUUAGACAAAGUAGUGCAAGAAUGAGAGGAAGAUGGAGGGUAUAAAUUAAUAACUGAAGAAAAAGGAGCCAAGUUAUAAAGAAAUGACAGGAAAAUCAUAAGGCUUGAGAUAUCUAUACACACAUGCUGGGGUGAAAAUUGAAACCCUCAUGAAGAAGUCUUAAAGAUGCUAUUAUGAUUUAUGAAAGUUUUUCGUCAACUUUUGAGGCCCUUGAAUUGACUUCUGACAACUUUUGAGUUGACUUGAGACCUUA